UAUUGCUUUAUCGCCGGACAUCGGGCCGUAGCAAUAAUAACAACAAUACCAGAACGAAUCGGAAUCAAAACUCACGAAACCAAAACAAAAAUGAUGGAAUUAUCUAAGAACGCUUUUUGCGAAUUUGCGUUCGUUCGAUUUAGGAGAGAAGCUCGCGCUAUAAUUUCUUCAUUCAUCGCUCGGAGCUCCCGACAGGUGAACCUCUAACUACGCUCGCCGUGAAAAACUUUAGAUCUUCGAUCUUUCGAUCUUUGGGAUCAGUUAUUUUUGGUUUUUUUUUUUGUUUUUGAUUUGUGUGAUCCGGGAUACGUUUUUGCAAUGCAGCUCAACGAUCAUUGGCGAAAGAUCGUGAAGACACUAAUCUUCGCGUUUUUGUGCACUGAAAUGCAAACAACCUAUACCCAUCGAGAUUUGGCGGCAAAACGUGGUAUUAGUUUGGCUGAAAUGGAUGCCAUUGCAGCGACCACAGGAGAGGAUCGACUGAGGCAAAAAAUGAUGGCACCUCAUCAGGCAUCCAUACGAUUGUUGGCCCAGGAAAGGGACUACUUUGGCAAGGGUCACAUCUGCUCGGGCGCCUUGGUGGCACCCUCUGUUGUCCUCACAGUCAGUAGUUGCAUCUACAGCCAGGUGAAGAAGAAUUACUAUCAUCCAUCAGAAAUACGCGUGAUGCUCGGUAGCCCCCAGAGAUUUGCUCCCCAUGAGCAGGGAUUAGUUUUCGGUGUUACCCAUAUCCACCAUCCUCCCAAGGACCUAGCUCUGGCCAUCCUAAUGCUAGAACAGGAUGUGCCAACGGAUCAUCCCAAUAUCCAAGCAAUUAGCCUUCCAUCGCCGGGAGCCACUUCAGUCUUGGAUUCCGAAUCUAGUAAUCGUUUGCAGAUAAGCACCUGGGGCUAUGAUGGCGAUAUUCGGGAACUCCACGAUCUGGUGACAUUGAAUGCCACCCACACAUCUUGUCACCAGCAGCAGCAGAGUAAAUCUUCAAGGAUUUGUGUACAACCAGAGGCCAUGGGUUCCAUUCGUGGACAGCUUUAUAUGGAUGCCGGUGCUACGCUAACGGAGAGAGAUCGUUUGCUUGGCUUAAGGAGCAUCGAUGGCGGAUUCGAGGAUGUGGCCAGCCAUGUGGAAUGGAUAAUGGCAAAGAUUGGUGAUGGUGGUAAUCAAAACAGCUCCAUUUGGGGCAUCAUGGGAUUCCUGGUAUUUACCGGUUACGUGAUCACCAUAAGUAGAAAGAGUUUUUCUACCUAAAAAACUUUUCUUGGGAAUUCCAAAAGGGAAAAUGGGGGAAACUAGUCAUGUAAGAUUUCCAAGGCUUAACAGCAAUGAUAAAGCCAAGGAGUGUGAUAAUCUCGAUUGGAACUUUAGUUAUUAAGAUACUUAUAUUGUCUUCCAAAGAUGCUUUCCACUACAGAAGUAAUAAUACAAUAUACAUAGAAUUAACAAAAUUAUUUACAAUAAAUAUACAUACAUUGUU